AUGUUUUCCAUAAUAUUACCCUCUAGAGCGCGAUGUAUCUAUGUGACAGAGGGUACCAUCGACUACUGCUGCCCAUGGUUCAUCCCCCCUCCAUCUCCUGAGCAAAAUCAGUUUACCUGCGCUUUGUGCGGACAUGGUAUACACACACACGCCGACUAUGUCUCCGUUGUUGUACACCAACAGCCCGAGAUGCAUUGGGUUGCCUACGUUCAAAAAACACCCGUGGUACAACUUUGCACUUGCGAGACCCUGCUUUACAACCACGUCGCAAGCAACAAUCCGUUUUAUUUUGAUAAUAUGUGGAACAUUCUGGACAGCUUUCCGAAUAAUACUCAAAAUCCUUACACGAUCAAUCCCGCAUUCUUUCGGUCUGCCAGCCUCAGUGAAUUCACGCAUUCCAUGGACGCACCAUAUACUAUUUUACCUCCUUCCGCCAGCGUUCCUUCCUCUGUCUUUCAAGCAAGUACGCCUCAGAUCGAGGCCCAUAACCUCGGAGCUCACACCCAAAUACAUCGUCAGCCAGAUGGAUCCUGCGACGGGACGUACAUAGUCUCAGGGAAGGUAUCAAUUAUCAAAGGAGUCAUGAUGAAGCGUGAAUAUCAGGCGGAAAGGAUUUUCAGGGAAAUGGGUGGUAGAUGGAGAGCUCUCAACCUAAGGACAUCGAUGGAUGACAGUGAAGGUACUCGGAAUACAAUGAAAUCCAAGAUGAGAGUGGAUAGAGAGUGA